GCGGGAUGCGCCGGCCGGGCGGCGUCUCUUGAGUGUCCGUGCCCCGCGGCAGGGCCGCUGCGCACCCGCCUCCGACCGUCCCUGCCCAUGGGCCGCGGGCCACCGCGAGGAGCAGGCCGAGCGCUGCAGCCGCCUGACGGAGCGUGGCAGGUCACCUGGAUGUCAGCAUGGCAGCCACAAACCUCGAGAACCAGCUGCACAGUGCACAGAAGAACCUGCUCUUCCUCCAGCGGGAGCACGCCAGCACACUCAAGGGACUACAUGCUGAGAUCCGGCGGCUGCAGCAGCACUGCACAGAUCUAACAUAUGAGCUGACACUCAAAAGUUUUGAACUGACAGGAGACGGCUCCUCCAGAACAACGGAGCUGAAGAGGCGCUGUGAAGAGCUGGAGGCCCAGCUGAAGGCCAAGGAGGAAGAAAACCACAAGUUACUGCAAGAACUGGAGCAGAAGAAUGCUGCCAUCGCUGUGUUGGAGAACACAGUCCGGGAGAGAGAGAAGAAGUACCUGGAGGAGCUGAAGGUCAAGAGCCACAAGCUGAGCAUGCUGUCCGGUGAGUUGGAGCAGCGCGCCAGCACUGUGGCCUACCUCACCUCACAGCUGCAUGCAGCCAAGAAAAAGCUACUGAGCUCCAGCGGCACCUCUGACGCCAGCCCAGCCGGCAGCCCUGCACUGGCCAGCUAUAAGCCCACACCCCCCAAGGACAAGCUGCCCGAGACACCCCGUCGGCGCAUGAAGAAGAGCCUGUCAGCCCCGCUGCACCCUGAAUUUGAGGAGGUCUAUAGGUUCGGAGCUGAGAGCCGCAAACUCCUUCUGCGGGAGCCGGUGGAUGCAAUGCCUGAUCCCACCCCAUUCCUGCUGGCCCGGGAGUCUGCUGAGGUUCAGCUCAAGGAGCGGCCUCUUGUCAUACCUCCCAUCGCCUCAGACCGUGGCACCAGUGGGCAACACAGCCCAGCCCGAGACAAGCCACACAAGACCCACAUCGGGGUGGCUCAUCGCAUCCAUCAUGCCAGUCCACCACAGGCCCAGCCUGAGGGGGAGACCAGGGCUGUGGACCAAGUGAACACAGGGAAGGUGGUGCGGAAGCACUCAGGGACGGACCGAACUGUGUGAAGCCUGCGGCCACCACCGCAGCCAUCCGUGCACUGUGAGCGCCACAGGGAACCUCACCCACCCUUCCUCAUCCCACCCAUGCCAAACGUUUCCUACCGUCGCAGCCUGGCUCCUGGCCCCAUAGUGACACAAUGCUAUGAUGGUGUCCCCACUGAAGAUAUUUACUGGCACUGUGGCCAAUGCCUGCAUGCCAAUAGCUUGCUUCCAGCCCCAUGCCAUGAGAUCUCGGCACACUCCUAGACAAGGCCCAGACCACGGCUGCAUCACAUGUUACACAAAUCAGAAGUGCUUGAAG